CCUCGACAUUGCCUCGAAACGACAAAAGCCUGUUGGACGCUUUGCCGGCGCAUUACGGGGUUUUUCGGUUGCAGCACAGCAACCUCUACCCACGCCGCUGCAACGAGGCUGGCUGGUUCCGCCGUGCAACCCACAACUACAGCUGUGAGAGCAGGCGAGGCAACACAGCUCACGCCAUCGACGCGACACGCUUGAAAAAAUACCAUCAUGAGCGCCCAGCUCGACGCGGAAGAGCGCGCCAUGGAGGCCGAAGCAUUGGAAGCGAUCUUCAUGGAGUCCUAUUCUAUGGACGGCGCGACGUACCGCCUGGAGCUGGAACCCGAGGCCGACGAGGCGCACGUCGCCUGUGUGUUAGAAUGUUCAUGCCCGGAAGACUACCCCUCAUCAACGCCACCGUCCUUCUCGAUAGCCGAGGUGCGCGGGUUGGGUGGUCCCAUGAGGAAGGAACUCGAGGCAGCUCUGGAUGAAGCUUCUCAACUUUUCGAGCCGGGCUGCGUCUGCGUGUUUGAGGUGGCAUCCGCCGUAAAAGACUGGCUGGGCGAGCACAACGAGCCCGGUUUGAAUGACGAGUCGGCGUACGCCGCGAUGAUGCGAAGGGAGAAAGGGGGCAAGGAGAAGAAGGCUGUGGUCUACGAGACCGAUUCCAAUAGACCGGAGAGCGACGAGGCCCGGAAACAAAGGUUGGAGGAGGAGGCCGAAGCUCGACGGCUGGAGCGGCUGCGCUUGGGCACGGCGGUGACGCCGGAGUCGUUCGCGGCGUGGUGGGAGCCUUUUCGGGUUGAGGUGUUGAAGGAGCCCAAAGAAGGAGUGGUGGAAACAGUGUACUUGGAUGUGAAGGGCCAGGUCAAGCUCACGGGCAAGCAGCAGUUUUUGAAGGGGAAGGCUCCUGCGAUCGAGGAACCGGAAGAAGAGGGUGGCGUCGACGAGGAGUUGUUUGAUGACGACGACGACCUCGACGACCUCGACUUCGACGAUGAAGAGGAGGAGGAUACGUAAUUAGCUGUGUUGUAUUCGUAUUUCAGG